AGACGGAGAAACAGGCAGUGGUGAGCGAGCGUUUACAGGUGGCGGACGCUUUAAAACUCUGUCCUCACGCUUCCUAUCUGUCCCCCGUGGUAUUUAUGAGGAUAUUCGGCCCCUGAGUGCAUCCCAACGAGUGGCGGGGGAAUUUAACGAAGGGGUAAUUCAGGGGCCAGAUUUCCCUGUGUUAAUUUGUGGCCCCUGUGUGAGGAAUUGAAAUUGUGUGUGUGUGUGUGUGUGUGUUGGCUGGGUGGAGAGUGGCUGGGUUGAGCGAGACACUCUUGACUCAAGCCACGCUAAGCUAAGCCAGGCGCCCGCACCAACCAACGCCCACCCACCACUUGCUUCCCUGCGCCUCUUCUCGUCUUUAACAGCAGCUACAGGAUGAGUGAGGUACAGCAGGAGCAGGCCGCCCCCGCCCCCGCCCCGGCCAAUGGGCUGAACGGCACCGCCACACAGGAGGAGGAGGUGCGGCUCAUGACAGAGGAGGAGCUGGAGAGGGAGAAGAUGAGGCCUCCAGAUAUCGACCAAGACAUGAAGGAGAUGGAGCGCAGGAAACGUGUGGAAGCUAUCAUGAAUUCAACAAUCUUCCGGGAGGAGCUGGAGAAGAUUGUGGAGAGCCAGCUGACGGAGGGCUACUCAGGUUACCAGGCGAUCCAGAACAUCUCCGAAAUGAUGGGCAUCCCCUGCUCUCGUGUCAACACCUUCAGAAGCAUGAGCAGUGUCAUCCCAAUCAACGAUAUCCGCGGCAUGGAGAGCCUCAGCUUUGCCAAGGGUGAGAAGCUCCUCCGUUGCAAGCUUGCCUCUGUCUACCGCCUCAUCGACAUGCACGGCUGGACUCAGAGCAUCUACAACCACGUCACGGCUCGCAUCAGCCAGGACACAGAACACUUCCUGCUCAACCCAUUCGGCAUGCUGUACCACGAGGUGACGGCCUCCUCCCUCGUCAAGGUGGACAUGCAGGGGAACAUCGUCGAGAGUGGCUCUACUAACUUUGGUGUCAGUGUGGCUGGCUUCAUGCUCCACUCUGCCAUCCAUGCUGCCCGGCCUGACAUCAAGUGCAUCAUCCACCUCCAUCAUCCAGCGGUUGUGGCGGUGUCAGCCUUAAAGCAGGGGCUGAUGUCACUGUCCCAGGAGUCUCUGCUCAUUGGGGACGUCUCCUACCACGAGUACCAGGGCAUCUUUGUCAACCAGGAGGAGAGGGACAAGCUGGCACGCAACCUUGGGCCCAUCAACAAGGUGAUGCUGCUGCGUAACCACGGUGUUGUGUGCUGUGGUGAGACCAUCGAGGAGGCCUGGUACAACACCUUCCACACCGUCCUGGCCUGCGAGACUCAGAUGCGCAUGGCCCCACUUGGACUGGACAACCUGAUCACGGUGACAGAUGAGGCUCGCCAUGCUGCCUUCGAGGUGGCCCGGCGUGGUGCUGGCGGCGUCGACAGCAAGCAGGAGGGAGGACCAACAGGCCAGGGACCAAAGGAGCGCAAGUGGAAGGUUGGAGAGUUGGAGUUUGAGGCUCUGAUGAGGUCAAUGGACAACUGUGGCCUGAGGACGGGCUACAUCUACAGGAAGCCCCUCGUGAAGCAGGACACAUCACGUUUCCAGAGUGAUGUUGCCCUGCCGCCCACUGCCUCCAACUACACACACCUCUUCGACGAGGACGAUAUUACCAGGAGCCCCCUGAAGCGAAUCCUGGAUGGCCGCAAGGUUCAGGACAAGAGUCGGUGGCUGAACUCCCCCAACGUGUACCAGAAGGUUGAGGUGCUGGAGACCGGGACGCCAGACCCCAAGAAGAUCACCAAGUGGGUGGCCGACAGCUCCCCCACUCACUCCACCUCAACACCCGUCAAACUGGAGUCGGCACUUCAGUUCGUGCCUCCAAACACCAACCCCAAGGAGUUCAAGACCGUGCAGAAGAUGAUCAAGGAGAACCGAAGGGUAGGCAACAUCAGCGCCGGGCCGACCUCUCACCUGCUGGAGGGCGUGACUUGGGACGAGGCACGGCGCAUGCAGGAUGCCAGCAUGUCAGGCGCCUCGGACCAUGUCAUCCUGGUGGGGGCAGCCUCCAAGGGCAUCAUCCAGAGGGACUUCCAGCACAAUGCGGUGGUGUACAAGACCCCCUAUGCUAAGAACCCCUUCGAUGCUGUCACUGAUCAGGAGCUGGAGGAGUACAAGGACUUGGUGGAGCGCAAGCAACGAGGGGAUCCUAUUGAGGAGAUAGAGAUAGAGAAGAUGAACAUUGUGCCGGAGCGUGCCACGGUGGACGUAGUGGACGACCACCAGCAGGAGCAGCAUGUCGAGCGCACCGCCAUGGACCCCACCAGCCCCACCUCGGACCAGGAAGCCACCAGCACCACGGUUCUCAAGGUCGAAACUAAGCAAACGCCCAGAGCAAGACAGGCACAGGCGGUGGUUCUUAGCGAUGAUGGAGAGAAAGUUGUGCGCCAAAAGCCAAGCCUUCCUCCCAAACCCAACAUUCCGAAGAAGCCUGUGGGAGGCCCCGGGGUGCCGGUUGGGCCUCCCCAGCGGGUCCAGGCCACCAUGAGAAUGCUGCCGUCAAGAGACGGUUCCCUCACCCCAGACCCGCCGCAGACCCCUCCCUCAGGGCCCGGGGCUGUGACUCCCCCUCCCGCCUCCAACACCCUCCCUCGCUCCCCCUCGACCCAGGCGGGGGGGGAGGAGGUCCGCACCAACUCCCUGACCCGAGGCAUUCAGAAGAUGCUGAGAGCCGCCUCCCGCUCUAAGGAGGAGGCCGGGCCGGAGUCAGAGUCCAGCCCGCCCCUGGAGCGCUCCAAGUCAGCGUUCUAUAAGAAAGAAGUGGCGGCCGAGAAGCGCUCCGCUCUGCAGCGCCGCUCUUGGUCCCUCACUCGGAAAGGGGAGACUGUGGCGAAUGGUGACGAUGACGCACACCACAGCACACUCUCCCACAGCAGUAAAGAGGGCUCCCCCACCAAGGACACCUCCCUCACAGACGACUCCAUCUCCAAGGACAAGAAGAAGAAGAAGAAGGGGCUGCGUACACCCAGCUUCCUCAAGAAGAAGAAGGACAAGAAGAAGGAGAAGGAGGCUGCCCAUCAUUAGUUUUCUGGACCCUCCCCGUCUUUACUAACUCCCACCUCUGGUAGACCAAUGCUGACACUGCCAGAACCUGUACUGUAGAUAGCUAACAAGAGGAAUGUGUGCUGGGAGUCCUUGUGUGGUGCUGGUGAGAGGCUGCUGUGCUACUGCUGCUGCUGCCACCGCUGCUGCUGCUGCUGCUGUCACUGUUUAUCGGAUCCAAGACUACUGACGUCAAUUUAUCGGUCGGCACGUCAGCGAAUUAGCUUUAUUUUCACUUUCUUUCUUGAUUUUUUUAUUAUCAUUAUUUUUCUUGUCUCUAAAGAUAAGGCAAUAUUAGUGAUUAAAAUCUGCUUUGUUGCAUAAUUUUUAGGAUUUGUAGUUGUAGGACUUUGCCAGUGUAUAUUUUUUUUUUUUUUUUGUCAUUUUAUUUUGUUUUUAUCUUUGUAUUUUUUUCAAUUAACUUGGAAUUUUACUGAAGAAAGGACACAAGUUCUGUACAUUUCUGUGAUGAUGUAUGUGAAAAAUUUUUAAUCGUAUUUGUGGGCUCUCUAUGAUUUGGCCGUGUGUGUGUGUGUGUGUGUGUGUGUGUAUGUCUGGGAUGUUGAGUGACUGCUGAUUCUUGACACUUAGCUUUCAAUAGAGUGCCUCAUGUCAGGUUUUAGAUGUUGGUGACUCCCACAGCGACACUGUUGAGAUUAAAUGUAUGUCCAUUUGCGUGUAUGUGUAUAUGCAUCAGAGUGUGUCCAAGCGUGUGCAUGUGUCCGUGUGGGUGUGUGCAUGUGUGUGUGUUUGAGAGACUUGCGGUUAUGCAAAAGCCACAGUGCAAAGGAACAACACACACAGCAGGUGAUGCAUGUAUUUUAAUGGUUGUAUCUUUUAGAAUACCCACCUGUUCCUUGUGUGUCUCUACAUAGUACAGCCGCCAGCCGGGCCACUCGGAACUAACUCCAUGCUGCUGAAGUCUUUGGGAAUCUGUCACGAGAAACCUUUGCAAAUUUGCCGAAAUCUUUGAGAACUUGAAAGCAAAGUCAGUGGAUCCUGAUGGCGGUGCCCCAGCGAUAACUCUUCUUGGCUUGUGGACUUGGGGCCGUCCCGAGAUGGCCACUGUUUAUAUUUCUCUGGGGAAGGGAUGAUGAAGGCUUUCCAGUCUCUUCUGUAUUUUUCCUCCUAAGCUCGUCCUUCCAUGGAUAGUUGUCGGAUCAGCAGUCUCUGUUCUCACCCCACAAGUCUCACCAUUUUGUCAUAAAUGGUUCACGCGAAGGGAGACUUUGAGUCGUCUUUCAUCCUCCUGCCCCUUCCACAGGCGCCGAUGACUGGCCGCUGCCGCUGCUGCCGCCGCCGUCAUCGGCUGCAAGACGUGAACUGCGCGUUCCGUGAUUUUAGUCGAUUUUUAUUGUAUUGUUUAGUCUGACCUCAACUAUUGGAAGUGGAAGGACUAACCAUGUUAUCACCAGCUGGGGUUUGUCACUCUGCUUAGUCACUCCCGCCCCACCAGACUGUCCCCGCACGUGGCCCCAUGUGCCGCCGCCCCGAGCCGCGCCUCCACCCAAUCCCUGACUCAUCAUUCGCCUCGCCGCCACCUGGGGCACGCCGGCGAUGCCCUCAACACUCGUGGCCUCCAGGAUGCUCUGCAGUGACUGUCUGCCUGCCAGAGCUCCCGGAAUGGUUUGCGGCCACACCUUGCUAAGAAAAUGACCAAAAUGACCUGAGCAGUCUUUCACGAGGCGCCUCGGGGCGGGGAAGGUCGAGGCGGGGCACCAGACCACUCUCUUCAUCCUGUCAUUGCUAGAUGGUGGAGUGUUUUCUAGCAACACUCGUUUGUUUUCCCCCCAAAUUUGUUUUCCUUUUUUUUACCACAAGCUUAGCACUGUUUUAUAAUACAUAAAUCUGUAUAAUAGCAUCUAAAGAAAUUAUUAUUAUUAUUAUCAUUAUUAUUAUUAUUAUUAUUAUUAUUAUUAUUAUUAUUCAUUAUGACAUGAUUAUGCAGGCAGCUGAUUUCAUUUUAUUUUUUUAUUAUUAUUAUUUUUUUUUAAUAAAACAUCCCUAUUUUACAAGUUCUAAGUCAUUAUUCUUUCAUUCCAUCACCUCCUGCCAUUGCUUUCCUCCACUCCUCCUCCUCAUCCUCCUCCUGCUCCUCCUCCUGAUGGGAUCGAAGCUUCUUAGUGUAAUGGGUUCAAGGCCGACACUGGCCACUAAAUUAACACACCGACACAGUUGUAACUCAACAUCUUUUAAGAAUAUUUUUUCUCAUUAGAACUUUUUAUUGAACAUUCUGCUGUACUGAAUAAAAUAAAUAUAUCUUACACA